AUGGCGCGGCUGCGGUGGAAAGUGGUCUGGCGGUUCGUCGAAAGCCCCACCGCCCCGCCAUGGGCCGCGUCCACCCUGUCCGUCUGCUCCGGCGACCUGAGCUAUGGCAGCCGCGUCUGCCUGCCCGGGGCCUCGGACUCCUGCCCCGACUCCUCCUGGCAGGUGGGCUGCCCAGAGAGCUGCUGCGAGCCCCGUGCUGCGCCCCGGCCCCCCUGCCUGACCCUCCUGUGCGGCCCCUCCUCCCCCUGCCAGGGAGACUGCUGCACCCCUGCGUGCUGCAAGCCCGUCUGCUGCACCCCUGUGUGCUGCGAGGACUCCCCCUGCUCAGCCCCCUCCUGCUGCCAGCCCAGCCCCUGCUGCAGACCCUCCUCCUGCGUGUCCCUGCUCUGCCGCCCCGUGUGCAGGCCCGUCUGCUGCAACCCUGUCUGCUGCAAGCCCGUCUGCUGCACCCCUGUCUGCUGCGAGGACUCCCCCUGCUCAGCCUCCUCCUGCUGCCAGCCCAGCCCCUGCUGCAGACCCUCCUCCUGCGUGUCCCUGCUCUGCCACCCUGUGUGCAGGCCCGCCUGCUGCACCCCUGUGUGCUCCCAGCCCCUGCUGCAGACCCUCCUCCAGUGUAUCCCUGCUCUGCCGCCCCGUGUGCCCCCGCCCCGCCUGCUGCGCCCCUGCCUCCUCCUGCUGCCGCCCGGCCUCCUGCGUGUCCCUGCUCUGCCGCCCCGCGUGCCCCCGCCCUACCUGCUGCGGCCCUGUCUCAGGUUAAAGCCCCACGCCAACAUGUGCCACACCAGCUGCUCCGCGGGCUGCCAGGCUUCCUGCGGCUCCUCCGGCCCCGGCCAGGCGUCCUGCUCUGUGCCCGUGAGCUGCAAGCCCGUGUGCGUGCCCGUGAGCUGCAGACUCGCCGUGUGCGUGCCCGUGAGCUGCAGGCCCAAGUGUGUGCCCUCCUGCCAGUCCUCCGUGUGCGUGCCCGUGAGCUGCAGGCCCGAGUGUGUGCCCUCCUGCCAGUCCUCCGUGUGCGUGCCCGUGAGCUGCAGGCCCGAGUGUGUGCCCUCCUGCCAGUCCUCCGUGUGCGUGCCCGUGAGCUGCAGACCCGCCGUGUGCGUGCCCGUGAGCUGCAAGCCCGAGUGUGUGCCCUCCUGCCGGCCCUCCUGCCCCGCCCUGGUCUGCAGACCCGUGUGCUGUAGCUCCCCGUGCUGCUCCUGA